AAAGGGUUCCAGGGAGGAAAGAAGCAUUUGCUUAAAAAUAUAGAAAGAAGUAGAUAUAAUAAGCAGCAACAAGGUGGAGUGAACAUUCCCAGUCCUGCAACCCUUGGAUUAGACGUUGACUUAGAGUCUCUUAAGAAAGAACAAAACACACUAAGAGUUGAAAUCCUGAAAUUAAGGCAACGAGAAGAGGAAUCAAAACAUCAACUUAACUCUGUUCAAGAGCACAUGCACUGUGCAGAAUGUAGGCAGCAACAUAUGUUCAAUUUCUUUGUUAAGGUUGCCAAGGACCCCAAGUUUGUUCAGCAGUUGAGCCAAAAGAGAUGGCAGCAGAGAGAGCUUGAUGGGGCUGAAUAUAGGAAGAAGUGCAGAUUGCUUGAAACCCAGGAUACCAAGAGCUUGCCUGAGGCCAUGGAUGCGGGCACAAGUAUCAAUUGUAGAAACCAAAAUUCUAAAACACAAUUGGAGCUAACUGGGUUAUUAUCAGAGCACACAGACAGCAGCAACCAAAGAAAGCUGUUCAUGGCUGAUCAAUCAGGGACUCAUACUCAGACUCAUGAAGGCAACAUGAUGUUUGGAGCUACUAUCUCAGACAUGCCUUCCACUUAUCAUGACAUGUCAGAGAACCUGAUGUUGGAUAGUUCAAUUGUGGAAAAUGUUGUUGCUGAGAUAUCAGUGAGUGAUUCUAAAUUUUAUCUCGAGUUUUAGGAUUUGUUGGAGAAGCCUCAGAAUUGGGGUGGACAUGGGGGUGGACUGGUGGAGGAGAUAGGCUGUAUUGGAAUUAGGCCUUGAUCUCAGCCAUAUGCCUUGUAAGUUCCUGUUGGAAACUUGUUGUCUCUGCUAUUUUCGCAUGCACGGAUUUGGAUACCAUGUUGACAUAAAUAAUUGUAUUGGGCUAGCUGCUGCUGCUGCUUUUUCAUCUUUUUCAGCAAAAAGAUGAGUAGCACUUCCCUGGAGUUGUUGGAAGUUGGAAUGAUGGUAAAUCUGUCCUGGGUGAAAUAGCCAGAUUAUGAUCCAUGGCCCCAUAAAAGAAUUACAGGUCCUUGGUUACUCUUCCAUGUUUGUUUGAUCACUAUUGUCUGGUUUCUAGAUUGUAAAAAGUUUUAGGUUCUGUAUCAGUAAUACUGGAGCUUAGUCCUCUGGAUAGAAAUUGCAUUACAAUAGUUUAGUUAAAUUGGUUAGGAUGUGCAUAUAAUACCAGAUGUAAUAGAUUACACUGCUCGAUAGUCCUUAGUUAAAUGUGGCCCCUAAUCUCAGUUGAAUUUUCUAAGUUUGUGUAUCUUUAUACAUUCAAAA